AUGCGUUAUUAGUUAGUGGGGUGGGAGGAAGUCGGAAUAUCUAGAGAAAUGGUUGGCAUAGGAUGCAUUGCGGGAGUAGGAGUUUACCACCCCAGCUGGCAGCAUCAUCGAAUUCGAAUUCUCGCUUCUAAAUCUGAAGAAGCAGUUAAAGUAACACGGUGGUGGUCGUUGCUCUCUGCUUCUGCAUACGAGACUCGUCAUCGGUGCAGGCCCAGGCCCAGGCGUCCGUGUUGUGGGCCUGACAAUAUAGACGCCGAGGAGGAGGGACCCUCUACUUCGGAGCGACUAGAGUUAGAGUGGAAGCUCCUCAGCAGAAGGAUUGGAGAUUCCGGCAUAAUUUCUUCGUGUUUGGUCGGUCUCCUCACCGGCUUCGCUGUCGUGCUCUUCAAUUAUGCUGUCCAUGAAAUUCGUGAUUUGUUCUGGGAUGGGAUACCCAAUCGUGGCGCCUCAUGGUUGAGAGAAGCGCCUAUUGAGACAACAUGGGCACGGGUAGUACUGGUUCCGGCUUUUGGAGGCGCUGCCGUGUCUGUGCUAAACCUCCUCCGUUCACGUUUUGAUUCCUCUCUCCAACAAGAUCCUUUCCUCCGAACACCUUCUGCCUACCUCAAGUCUGCUUCCCGCCCUUUGCUAAAGGCCGUGGCAGCUUCUGUUACUUUAGGCACAGGCAAUUCCUUGGGUCCAGAGGGUCCCAGCGUCGACAUUGGCACUUCCAUCGCCAAAGGCCUCGCUCCUUUCUUUCACAAUGGAAAGACUUCCGGCAGAAUGCUCUCCCUUCUUGCUGCUGGAUCUGCUGCUGGCCUCUCUGCCGGUUUCAAUGCUGCUGUUGCCGGUUGCUUUUUUGCUGUCGAGUCUGUCUUGUGGCCAUCACCUGCAGAUGCAUCUUUACCACUUACUAAUAAUACUUCCAUGGUCAUACUCAGUGCUGUCAUUGCUUCUGUAGUUUCUGAGAUUGGCCUUGGCUCUCAACCAGCCUUUAAAGUUCCAGACUACGACUUCCGGUCGCCCGGUGAGCUCCCGCUGUAUCUAUUGCUGGGUAUUUUAUGUGGCCUGGUGUCAUUGGUCCUAUCUAGGUGUACGUCAUAUAUGUUGACUAUUGUUGACAAUCUGCACAAGGCCACGGGUAUUCCACGAGCUUCAUUCCCUGUAUUGGGGGGCUUAUCGGUUGGGUUGAUAGCAUUGAUAUAUCCUGAAAUCCUCUACUGGGGUUUUGAGAAUGUUGACAUUUUAUUAGAAUCUCGGCCAUUUGUUAAAGGCCUUUCCACUGAUCUAUUGCUUCAGCUAAUAGCCGUCAAGAUAGUUGCAACUUCUCUGUGCAGGGCUUCUGGAUUAGUGGGGGGGUAUUAUGCCCCAUCUCUCUUUAUUGGUGGUGCAACUGGGAUGGCUUAUGGAAAAUUAAUUAGUUUGGCAAUUGCUGAGUUUAAUCCCAUGAUUAACCUCUCUGUGUUGGAAGUGGCAUCACCGCAAGCUUAUGGCCUGGUUGGAAUGGCUGCAACUCUUGCAGGAGUUUGUCAAGUACCACUUACUGCAGUUUUGCUUCUGUUUGAAUUAACACAGGACUAUCGAAUUGUUCUACCGCUGCUUGGAGCUGUAGGGUUGUCUUCGUGGAUUUCAUCUGUACAGACAAAAAUAGAUGACAAAGGGGCAAAAAAGAUCAAAUCAGAAAAUUCAAAUUUUACAUCACUUUCCAAAAUAUCUUCUCAUAGUUCAAUUGAGUCAUCUGCUGGCAAUACCUUUGCUGAAGAUGCGCCAUAUUUGAGUAAUUUGUGUCAAGUGGAAAGUUCACUUUGUGUAGAGGAUGAUAAUGUUGAAACAACAUAUAUUGUAAGGAGAACAUUUGUUUCAGAAGCCAUGAAGACGAGAUACGUGACGGUUUCAAUGUGCACACUACUUACAGAAGUAAUAGAUCUCAUGAUUGCAGAGAAACAGUCUUGUGCAGUAAUUGUUGAUACUGAUGAUACAUUAAUCGGUUUCUUGACACUUAGAGACAUUCAAGAGUAUGGUAAAUUUGCUAAAGCAAGAAGCAAAAAACACAAGGAGCUUUUAGUUUCUGAAUUAUGCCUUUUAGAUGGACAAAUAUGCAGCGUGCCAUGGACAGCUACACCUGAUAUGGAACUUCGUUAUGCUCAAAUGAUUAUGAAGGAGCGCGGAUUCAAUCAAGUUCCAGUCGUGAGGAAUAUCUACGAAAGAACGUAUCCAGUUGGCAUUAUAGACCCUGAGAGUAUCAGGCUAACAUGCAGUGCUUUGGCCACCAGACAAACCCUCAGCUAAUAUUCCUCACUUAAUUACAUUUCGGAGGCUGAAGACUCUGCUCUCAUCUUAUAUUUCUUGGUUUUGAAUUAUGAACCAUUUUUAGUAAUUCGAUUGUCAUCCUUUAAACGUCAAGUUGAAUUACGCCACGUCGGUUCCGUGUUAUACGUAAAAGAAAGGGCUCAAUUGAGUUGUGUUCUGUUAUUGCUGGAUGAAAUAUAGGUAGAUGCCUAAGAAAGAACUCUUGUAAACUGAUAAAGCUACUUAUACUGUUCGAUAUUUGAUUUGCAGGAUCGAUUUGGUACGUCAA